AGAGAGAGAGGGAGAGAGAGAGAGUUCAGUCUCUCUCAUUGACUCACUCUGUGUGUUGUCGGACCGCUCAGCAGCUCUCUGUGUCGCUCUGGACUCAUCUUCUCCUCUUCUUCUUCUCUUUGUUUCUUCUUCUCUUCAUCCUGCCUUCAUCCUUCAGCUGCUGACGUCAGUGGAACAUUUCAAUCUCCUCUGAUAUUCAGGUUAAUCUAAUUAUGAAGAUUUCCUCUGAGACGCUUCUUCGUCAAUGAUGGCCAAGAUGGAGACUCCGUUCUACCACGACGACUCUCCCGCUGUCUCCGGCUACAGCCACAUCGCUGAAUACGAGCGUUACUCUGGAAACAAGAUGCUGAUGAGUAAGAAGGCCAUGUCAAUGGCGAGCAGUCAUCACUUCCCCGGCGGCGGUGCAGCAGGAGGGAGGGGCGGGAACCCCAACAACCUGGGACUUGCCGGCAACAGCUCCCUGAUGACAUCGGCUUUGUCCUCAGCAGCGUCCUCAGCAGACAUGAACCUGCUGAAGCUGGCAUCCCCCGACCUGGAGCACCUGAUCAUCCAGUCCAACCAGGGCCUGGUCACCACCAGCCCGGUGCCCAACUCCACUAACCCCUUCAUCUACCGCAGCCAGGCCACCAACGAGCAAGAGGGAUUUGCUGACGGUUUCGUCAAAGCGCUUGCAGACCUUCACAAGCAGAACCAGCUGGUGGGAGGUGGCCCCAUGUCCCCGUCCUCGUCCUGCACCGUUUCCUUGCAGGCGUCCUACCAGAGGAACCUGAUGUCCAGUGGUGACAUGCCCGUAUACACCAACCUCAGCAGCUACAACCCGGGACAGAUGCCAUACUCUGGGGGGCAGAUAGCAUAUGGUGGUGGCUCAGGUGGCGGUGGAGCCCCUCAGCCGCACACCCGAGGCUUGGACGCCCCUCAGACUGUCCCUGAGGUUCCUCACCCACCAGGCGACCCCAUGUCCCCGCCCUCCCUCUCUCCGAUCGACCUGGAGACGCAGGAGCGAAUCAAAGCGGAGCGCAAGAAGCUCCGCAACCGCAUCGCCGCAUCCAAGUGUCGCAAGCGGAAGCUGGAGCGGAUAUCACGUUUGGAGGAGAAGGUGAAGGUUCUGAAGAGCCAGAACUCAGACCUGGCCUCCACCGCCGCCAUGCUGAGGGAGCAGGUCGCUCAGCUCAAACAGAAGGUCAUGAGUCACGUCACCAAUGGCUGCCAGAUCGCCGUCAGCUCAGCUGCCGCCACCAAGUCUGGAGGAGGAGGGGGAGGCACUGGCAGCGAAGACUCCAGCUGCUGAGCAGACAGGACACACACAGAACAAGCGAGAGAUAACAAGCGAUUUUACAUUUUUGGCAUUUUACUCAUGCUCCUGGUCAGAGCGAGCAGAGAGCGAGCGACUCAGUGUCAACGACGCCUCAACUAGACAGAUGGAUGUUUAAUGGGAUUUACGAUGCCUGACAGUGAAUCACAGUCAAUCAUCCACCCGGAGGACGCAGAGCUGAGAGGAGACAGAGGGGAUGAAUCCCUGACGUGAGCAAUGUUUAAACUUUGGACCAUUUUUAAUUUUGACUGUGAAUAUUUAAAGAACAAAUGGAAAGGGAUUGAAUCCAGAGACUGUUCAGCAGCAGAGUUCACUCAGAGGUGUGUGUGUGUGUGUGUGUGUGUGUGUGUGUGUGUAACUGCGUGCGUGUGUGUGUAUGUGUGAAGAGACACGAUACAUUUAUUUGAUGGCAGUUUCCAGCUGAUGACAAUAUUCUUUAUUUUCAGAUCCCAGUAAAUAAACUGUCCUGGAAACAGAGGAAACAAUUUUCCAGCUCUUAUAAAUAUUUUUAUUGAUAGUAAAAUCAUUUAAAAUGUCACUGAAUCCGAGUCAAGAGGAUUGCUCAUAAAACAUGAUCAAAUGAAUAUCAGUGAAGUUAGUAAUCUAUGUGGAUGUGUUGUAAUCAGACUACUAUCUGCAGCGCAGUUUUCUAGUUAUGAUUUACACUAAUCAGAGUUUUCAAAGAGACGUUUUUAAUAUAAUGUUUCAAAAUCCAGCAAAUGCCUGACUCCAAAUGGCCAACACUGCACUUUGUUUGGUAAUCUGAUCACUUUAACCUUCUUACUUUUAUUUUACUAUAAUCUAAUUGUGUGUUGAUGCAGAUGAGUAACUGUCAAUUUACAAAAGUGUCCAGCUGUGUGGUGUUUCAGCCGUCGUCUGCUGGAACCUUCUCCCAGUUGUUCUGGAUCUUUCUGGGAACAGGACUGAACGAAAGGUUGAGUUUAAGAUCUGCCAGCGAGGACAUCUACAUCUGGUUUCAGUUAAAAGGAAGAAAAACCGGCGCAUAUUUAUUUAGUCUGUUUUCAGUUUGAAAAACCAGAUUAAUGAGGUUGAAUCUCUCACUUUUAACAUCUGACUAUUAUUUUUUUAUAUUUUUAUUCUUCAACAAGUAACAAAAUUCUGAUGUGAGGGGAGAAUUUCUCUUAAACUCCACAGCCGCUUCAGAUUCUCUUAGAUAAUUCAGAUGUAUUUGACUGAUUAUUGAUUUAUAUUUUCUGCAGCAGGAGAAACGAUAUUGUCAGUGUCACUGUGAACAUAAAGUGUUUCAUUCUCUCAUAUCUUAUUCUCAUUUCAUAACAACACUGAACAAACAAGAUAUGACUGUUGAAUAAUAUUCAUUAUUCUGAUGAUGAUGUUAAUAUGUAACUCCUUUACUCUUUUGGUUUGGUUGUUUGCAGGUAAAAUAGAAGCCCAUUUAUCUGCAGUAUUUUACCCUCUGGUGGUGACAGGCUUCUAAAACACAGAAUAUGGUUUUAUGAAAAAAUUAUCUCAGUGGAAUCAAAUAUGUUUCGCCUGCUUUAGGAAGAACACCAUCUUCAGCACCAGGUUUCAUCUGAAAUCACUUGAUAUAUUGGAUAUAUUUUCACAGUGUGAAGCUAAAAGCCCCGUCUGUCUCUUGAAUGUACAUCAAAAUGUAUAUGAGGAAUAAUCACUCAGAGCCGUGCAGGUGUGACAAAAAAGAAACACUCUGGGGUAUGUACAUUUAUUUGAAACUAAUUAUCGCUGUGGAGAUGAGGUCCUGGGUCAUCUUCUCAUCUUUCAGGAGGUUGUAGAGGUCCUUGAGAGAGUUCAUGGGUUUUCUGAGGUCCGGUAGGAGAAUGGAUCCUUGAGGAGGUUGUAGAGAUUGUUGAGGGAAUAGUAACGGCCUUCAUAUGGGCUCCUGUGAUCCUGGGGGAGCUCUUGAGAUCCUUCAGAGAGUUGUGCAGAUACCUUAGGGAGCUCUUGGAGAAGGUUGUAGAUGUACUCAUCCUGAUGUUUGAUGUGAACAUUAACUCAAGCUCCUUACCUUGAUCUGCGGGAGUUUAUGUAUCACACUGCUGCCACGUGAUUGGCUGAUUGGAUAACUCCAUGAAUAAGCAGGUUUACAGGUGUUCCUAAUAAAGUGCUCAGUGAGUGUUUAUCUUGAAAAAAAAUCAGAUUGGGUCUUUAAUAGCUAAGCACUUAUUCACUUAACAAAAUCUAAGGUAAAUAAGAUGUUUAAUGCAGUGUGCUGAUCGAUAUUUAUUACACAUUGUCAUCCUUGGAGAUAAUGUUCCCUUCAUAUUUUUGGAGUUUUUGUUUUGUACUGACUUUACUCUCCGGUCAGCAUGUCUAUAUCAUGUUACAGUUUUAAUAUUACAGAAAACAUAUACCUGCAAAUAAAUAAAACAAACAAGUGAGCAAUAAGAAAAUAAAAAAACAGACUAAAGAUCCACUGCAUCGGACAUCAUACUUGUGGAUGAAAAUAACAUUUCAGUUGCAGUUGCAUGUUUUCUGACAUUAAACAUGAGUGACUUAGUGAGAGUCAAGCAAAUAUUUUUUACUUGAACGAGGCUUUUGACAUCUCUAAUGAUUCUAUUUUUGUACAAAUGUAUAAUAGUUGUUAUUAAUAUUCUGAAAUGUGCGUGUACAAUCCGAUUUCAUCAAACACUUGGUCUCUAUUUAUUAUGAAUAUCUUUUGUUAUACAGACACGUUUGUGUCUUUCACAAUGUUCUACUGUGUUGAGAUGUUUGUGUAAAUAUAUCAGUAUUCACCUGCUACUGUUUUGCUUCUUUGUUACUUCAUGAUUAUAAGGUCUACAGGUUUAUUCUCCUGAACACCUCGCUCAGGCACGACUCACUGAGCAAGGGAUCAAAAAUGAACACAAAAAGAUUGAUAAUCUGUCAAAUUUGGGGAUUACUUUGAUUACACAGUACAUCAUACAAGUCCUUAUUAUGAAGCUUCCUGGUAUUGUUUUUACUGUAAAAUUGGACACUGGACAGAACCAAAUGAAUCUUGAUAUAACUUUAAAUAAAAACCAGCAUUUUUUUUACAUUCUUAUUAUUAAGUCAUUAUUGUAAUCACAGCAAAUAUACUUGUGUAUAUUUGUGUCGGACAAAUAUCAUACGAGUAACAAUGAGUGUGAAUCAGUGUGGAGGUAUUACAUCCUGAGAAGGGAGAGGAUCAAUAAACAUGUCUGCAUCUUUAUUGAAAACAACUUUAAAUAUUCUAAUCUAAAAUAAUAAUAAAAAGCUGCUACUUGUAACUUCAAAUAGCCAUGGACCCAUUUGAGACAACUGGCCUCUAGACACAGAAUGUGACCAUGUCUGUCUUUGUUGUUCUUUGCUUCUUAAACAAGAAACAGGAAAGUUACAACAUACACAAAAAUGUGAAUAUCUACUGAAGAACAAGUGCGAAACCAAUAAGGAAUAACCUGAUAAUUAAUGAGUUGUUAAUGUGUAGCAACAGAAUAAGUCCAAACUGACUUGAUGAGUCAGUAGAGAAGGUGGAGAUAGAAUCAUUAGGUAAAGAUCAGUUCAUAAGUAUCUGUGAAACAGAGAAAUUACCUCUUCAAAAGUUGUUCCUGAUUAAAUCUGAAUCAGCCGCUGAGCUGCUAUUAACGACUCAUUCAUUACUCAUUAGUUACUCUUUAUGUGCACCCCCAAGUAAAGUGACUCAGUAGUCACUUAUUGGUUCAUGACUAUCUAACCAUAAUCCUUUUGUGCAUCAUAGUUUCAUAUAUAUGAUACUGAUGUAAACUAUGAUACUUAUAAACUACCUACCUAUCACCUCCUUGGUAGGGUGGCAAGGAGGUGGUAGGUAGGUAUAGCUAGCUAUAUAUAUGUAUAAGUAUGUAUAAGUAUGUGUGUGUAUGUGUGUGUGUGUGUGUGUGUAUGUGUGUGUAUAUACACACAUAUAUAUGAUGCGCUGGCAACAAGUGGCAGCAAGUCCGCGUAGCUUGUAGUUUUUUGCAAUAUAUUUGUAUAUAUUAGUAUAUUUUUUGUCGAUUGAUGUUUUUUCUUAUUCUACGUCGUUGUUUCAUUUGAUGAUGGAGAAAAUAAUGUCCACAAAGGAAGAACUCCCGAACCGGCUGAGCUGAAGAAGCCGUACCGUGGAUGCAGAGCCGGGGCUAAGCUAAAGGCUAGGAGAUUGAGAUAUAAGCCUUUUCUACCAUCGGACCUCAUGGGAAAUGUGAAUUCCCUGGCUAACAAGUGUGAUGAACUGGAAGCACUUGUGAAGAACCAGCGAGCAUAUCGUGAGUGUAGUCUCAUGUGUUUCACGGAGACCUGGUUAAACGACAACACUUCCGACCGUUGUGUGGAUUUACCCGGCUUCACUGCAGUACGAGCGGAUAGAGACGCCAGAGAAGGUGGAAAGAGUAAAGAUGGAGGACUGGUUCUGCUUGUGAACAAUAGAUGGUGGAACCCCGGUCACAUCACAGUGAAAGGGAAGAUCUGCUGUCUGAAUUUUGAACUGUAGGCAGUUGGUCUUAGACCGUACUAUGUACCGAGGGAGUUCUCACACAUCGUCGCCAUUGAUGUUCACAUUCAACCAUGAACAGAGCCUGCAGUUGUGUGUGACAAGACUGUUGCGAGAGUACAGACCCAGCACCCUGAUGUAUUCAUUGCGUUAUCGGGGGAUUUUAACCAUGUCACUCUCACCUCUCACCUCUCAGGCUUCACUCAGUGUGUUGACUGUCCCACAAGGGAAAAUAAGACACUUGAUAUGUUGUAUCCAAAUAUCAAGGAGGCCUACACUGCUUCAGCUCUAUCACCACUUGGCAGAUCAGAUCAUAAUUUGGUUUUUGUUCAGCCUUCCUACAAGCCCUGUGUACUGAGACAGGCUGCAACAACCCGCCCAUUCAGGAACUGGACCCCGGAGACCAGUGAGUCUCUAAAAGACUGUUUUGAAUGCACAGAUUUGAAUGUCCUGUUGGAGUCACAGGAAAAACAGCAAAGACCCUGACCUUGAUAGAAUGGUUGAAUGUACCAUGGACUACAUUAACUUCUGUAUGAACACUGUAAUACCAGCAAGGACUGUACACUGCUUUCCAAACAACAAACCCUGGAUCACCAGGAUCAUCAAGACCCUCCUCAAGCAGAAAAAGGAGGCCUUCAGGGAUGGAGACAGGGAGAAGCUCAGGUGUGUGCAACAUGAGUUGAGGAGGAGAUUAAAGCAGGCGAAGGAAGACUACAAAAAGAAAGUAGAGAAGAAGCUGCAGCACAACAACACCAGAGAGGUGUGGAAGGGGAUGAGGACCAUCACUGGCUGUAAAGAGAAGAACAGACAGGCAGCAUCAGGUGAUGGGGACAAGGCCAAUGAGUUCAACCUGUUCUACAACAGGUUCGACACAGCCUCACCUGUUCUCUCUUCCACUGCUUCAGCUGCAGCUUCUCCUACAGCAUCUCCUCCACAACCUGACACUGCAGCUGCAACUCCCUCCACACUGGGGUCAAGUCUCCUGUCCUUUACAGCAGAGGAGGUGAGGGCGGAGCUAAGAGGCUCCGUCCUGGAAAAGCAACAGGAUGGUGUGUGUCCGAGGCUGUUAAAGGAUUGUGCAGCCCAGCUGGCUGAGCCUCUCCAGAGGAUCUUUAAUUUAAGCCUACAAACAGGGAGGGUCCCAGUCCUGUGGAAAACAUUAUGUCUUGUUAUGGUACCUAAAGUAGGACGACCAGCUGAGAUAAAUGACUACAGACCUGUGGCCUUCACAUCACACAUCAUGAAGACCCUAGAGCAGCUGCUUCUCCACCUUCUGAGGUCACAUGCUGAACAUGCACUAGUCCCCCUACAGUUCGCCUACAAAGAACAUAUUGGAGUGGAUGAUGCCGUCCUUUACAUGCCCAUUUUUACUUGGAUGAGCCAGGUGGUUACAUGAGGAUUAUGUUCUUUAAUUUCUCAAGUGCAUUUAACACCAUCCAUCCUGGAAGGGAUGGGGGUGGAUCCCUGCUUCACGUCCUGGAUUGUGGAUUACCUGACAAGACAAGUCAGGCAGGGUAACUGUGUUUCAGAGACAGUGAUGAGCAGCACUGGGGCUCCACAGGGGACUGUUCUGGCUCCUUUCCUGUUCACCCUGUAUACGGCCGACUUUAAAUACAACUCUGAGUCCUGCUACAUCCAGAAAUACUCGAAUGACACAGCUAUUGUGGCGCGUAUCAGGAACAGGCAGGAAGAGGAGUACAGGGAUCUGAUGAUGGCCUUCAGUGAACGGAGCGACAAGAACUGCCUCCUUCUGAACACCUCCAAGACCAAGGAGAUGGUCAUGGACUUUUGGAGGUCUAGGACCACCCUUCAGCCAGUCAACAUUCGAGCGAAGGACAUUGAGGUGGUGCACACUUAUAAAUACCUAGGUGUCCCUGAACACAGAUGCCAUCCAUCUCUUUUUCCUCAGGAGGCUCAGGUCCUUUGACGUCUGCAGUGAAAUGCUGCACAUUUUAUCAGUCAGUAGUGGCCAGUGUACUCUAUUAUGCUGCAGUCUGCUGGGGCAGCAGCAUGUCUGACAUGAACACAAAGAAACUGGACAAGCUGGUCAAAAAGGCUGGGUCUGUGCUUGGCAGGAGUCUGGACUCAUUCAGGACUGUUGUGGAGAGAUGCAUACAAUGUAAGCUGGAGGCCAUCUUCGACAAUACCAACAUUCUGGCAGGACAGAGAAGCAGCUACAGCUGCAGCAAACGUCUCAUCUCACUGCGCUGCAGAACAGAGAGGUUCAGGAGAUCCUUUGUUCCCACUGCCAUCAGGCUAUACAACACCUCAACCAAAGGAAGAGGACUAAUCUAAUUAUCAUUGUUUAUUUAUUACAAAACGUUUUUAGCUGAGCUAAUGGACACAUGAAUUUCCUAUAGGGGAUAAAUAAAGUAUCUAUCUAUCUUUC